AUGGGCAUCGUCUGUGGUCAGCUGCUGAGGAGUACCCAGCCACCGGCGGGCAGCGAGGCUGAGCUGGAAGAGAUGGCGACGCGAGCAGGACAGCGGUGGGCGGCGCAGUUGGCGGGAGCGGGGGUGCAGAGGCUGCAGCGCGCCAGGAUGGCCCUCCACCGCUGCGCCCGCCUAUGCAGCCUCCACUUCGGACCCGCACUGCUACUGGCUGUUCUGGGGGAUUUCGUCGUCAUGACUUGCACUGCCUAUUGGCUCAUAGUCCUGACACCCCAAGCAGACAAGAAUGCUGAAAUACUCGUGAACGUGUAUGCCCUGAGUACUGUCCUGUGUCGCCAGCUGUUGGUCUGCUGGGUGUGUUCCUCUGCGGCUGAGCGCUCCGACAGAGCUAGUCUGUUGCUGUCCAGGUUGCAGCCACUACUGCGUCCUGGGCCAGCUGUCGAUAUUCUGCGACUUCCUGUGGAGAAAUUACGAGUGUCUGCCAUGGGAUUUUAUGACAUCGACCUUCAUAUCUUCAUAAACACGGUUAGUGCAGCUGCCACUUAUCUCGUGAUACUUGCACAAUUUCCUAGGUAA